ACUAUGACUAGCGUGACAUCUCUGCAGACAACUAUGUAUCGCCAUGAAGCCAAAGACAUAGUUAGAAAUGCUGUCCGGGCUAGCGAUUAUGAUGCAGUUUUCUUUGUUGGAAGUGGCUGUACUGGUGCUGUACAUAAACUUAUACAUAACCUUCACCUGGAGAAACCACCAAUCGUUAUAACAGGACCCUUUGAACAUCAUUCUAACAUGCUUCCUUGGAGGCACUUGGCCGCCAAAGUAAUUCGCCUCAACACAGACAAGUGUGGGAAUGUGUCUGUUCACCACCUGGAGGAGGUCCUUUCGACGGAAAGAAUGAGGGCAAAUGAACUAGGUUGCUCCUUGAUAGUAUGCUUGGCGGCAGCUUCAAAUGUAACAGGUAUAUUGGUUGAUGUUGACAAGUUUUCUGCUGUGGUUCACCGGCAUGGCGGUCUUGUCUUUUGGGACUAUGCUACUGCCGCGCCUUACGUAAAAAUCGACAUGAACCCCGUUGUUUCUGGACCAAAUCACGGCCUUGUGUACAAGGAUGCUGUUUACUUCUCGAUGCAUAAGUUUGUUGGUGGCGUCCAAACACCGGGCGUGCUUAUAGCAAAGAAAGUUUUGUUCAAGGCGGGCGAAAAACAUCCUGAUGGCUGUGGGGGUGGUAGUGUCUGCUUUGUUCGUCGAAAUCACCAAGUCUAUCUUAAGGAUGUGGAGGAGCGUGAAGAAGGCGGAACUCCCGCUAUUGUUGAGUCAAUCCGCGCAGGUCUGGUGAUGCAACUAAAGGAGGCGGUUACCUCUGAAGUCAUAGUCUCUCGAGAGGCCGCUAUUGUCAAACGAGCCUGGAUGCGUUUCAAGUCCAGUCCAAACCUCCUGGUGUUGGGCGGAGAUGAGGCCCCUCGUCUGCCCAUCUUCUCCGUAGUGGUGCGACAUGUCUUCCCCGACAUCUCUACGUCCGGAGGGCAGCAGGAGCUGACGCCUUGCGAACGACCCAUGUUUCUGCAUCACACCUUCGUGGCAGCCCUCCUUAAUGACCUUUUCGGCGUCCAGUGUCGUGCUGGCUGUGUUUGCGCAGGUCCCUACGCGAUGGAUCUUCUGGGGAUCGACGAAACUCUCGCAAAACUCUAUGAAGAUGCUCUUGUCACAAGUGAAGUACCUGUUUGUCGUGUUCAAAAGACCUUUGAUAACGUCUCUCGUGAAGUGCUAAGGCCAGGCUUUACGCGCUUUUCAAUUCCCUACUUCAUGUCAGACGAAGAGGCGAAUUUUGUCCUUGAGGCGGUUUGUUUUGUUGCUGACUAUGGCUGGGCUUUCCUGCCCCUCUACUCCUACGAUGCUAUGACAGGCGAAUGGAAGCAUCGUCAGUACGACCAACUAGAGGAUCGACAGUGGCUGGGUCACAUCAAAUAUACCAAGGAGGGCAUGGUCUGGCGUCGAGCCAAGGUGAAGGCACGUAGUGCUCUUCCCGGGGGUCUUCAGGUUCGUCUCUUGCGAACUGUCUUUGCUUUAAGGAACGUGUUUUGUUGCGAUUGA